GAAUCAUUGCUAGGAAUGGCUGUAUUAACCAUGGUUUUGGUGGUGUGAGUCAGUGUAAGGGAGGUGCUGCUAUCAGUGACUGCGAGGUAUUUUUGGUCUUGGUGUCAGUAGUGGUCCAGACCGAGGUGGACGCAACGCUAAAUUUACGCGGUGGGUGUCACUGGCUACCAGCGUGUGUAGUGGGGAAAUGUGAGUGUCAGAACUGGAUUUCAAUACCAACGCUGAGAAUCAGUAAUGCUGCAUCAAAUCUGUUUUUGGCCCAACUUAUAGCAAGAGUGUUAAGACCUGUAAAAAACUCAAGAAACUAAACAGAAGCACGAGUCAAGUAAUUACAUAAGAUGAAAAGAUAGCCCACGAUGGGUCUCUUCAGCCACACCACGGCCUUUAAUGGCCAGAAAUAUUCAAAGCUAAAGAAAGAAUGUCUUAAAAGAGGAGAGAAAUUCAGUGACCCAAAAUUUCCUCCCCAUGACUCAUCACUGUUCUUCUCGAAGCAACCUCCUGGAGUUGUUACCUGGAAGCGGCCGCAGGAUAUAGUUGAGGAACCUCGUUUGUUUGUUGAAGGAGCAAGUGCUAAUGAUGUAACGCAAGGUCAGCUGGGCAACUGUUGGUUUGUUGCUGCCUGUGCUACUCUUGCAGGUGUCAAGGAGCUUUGGAAUAGAGUAAUACCAGAUUACAAAGACCAAGAAUAUGGAGAGCUGCAUCCUGGAAUCUUCCACUUUCGAUUCUGGAGGUUUGGAGAGUGGCUUGAUGUUGUCAUUGAUGACCUUUUGCCAACCAUUGACGGACAGCUAAUAUUUACUCAUUCAAGAGAAAAAGGAGAGUUUUGGUGUGCCUUACUGGAGAAAGCAUAUGCUAAACUGCAUGGAUCAUAUGAAGCAUUAGAAGGUGGUAAUCUUAGUGAUGCUCUGGUAGACUUGACUUCAGGAGUCUCAGCGCAUUUAGACUUGACAGUGGGCGGCUACACUGAUGACUUUGAGAAACGUAAGCAACUUUUCAAGAUGAUGAGCAAGGAGAUGAAUGAACACGCAUUAAUGUGCUGUGCUAUUGCUGCUCAUAAUCAUGAGGAAGUAGAGAUGAGAACUAAUGUUGGUCUGGUUAAGGGUCAUGCAUAUGGCAUCACAGCAUGCAGGAAGAUCAACAUUGGUGAUACAGGACUCUUCUCCUUAUUCAAAGGAGCUCAAAAGAUGCGGAUGAUACGAUUAAAGAACCCUUGGGGAGAACGGGAGUGGAAUGGAGCAUUCAGUGAUGGUAAGAGGAGGAGUGGAUUUGUGUAUACAACUUCGCAACUGACCAAAAUGUACUCCAGGUCACCAGAAUGGUCGAAAGUUUCAGCAUCUGAACGAGAAAAGUUAGGACUGACUUUUGAAGAUGAUGGUGAAUUUUGGAUGACAUUUGAAGAUUUCGUAGAACAUUUCACAGACCUCUCCAUCUGUUUCCUCAUCAACACAAAGCUCUUGAGUUUCAGCAAGACCUGGCAUGAGACUGUGUUUUAUGAUGCUUGGACAAUUGGUGUCCGUGGACAUAAUACAGACAGAGCUGGAGGAUGUCCAAACAACAAGGAUACAUUUUUACGUAACCCCCAAUAUAGAUUUGAUGUCAAGGAUGAGGUUGAUGACGUCAUAUUCCAUUUGAUGCAGAAAGAUACACGGGAUCGUAAGCAAGAAGGAAUCCAAAAUCUAGUGGUUGGCUUUCAUGUUAUGAAGGUGGAAGAAAACCGUAGGUAUCGUGUACAUCGUAGUCAUGACAGCAUAGCCACAUCUGAUUAUAUACGCACAAGAGCCAUUUUCUUACGAGAGCAGCUAAAGCAAGGGCGUUAUGUUGUUAUCCCUACAACUUUCAAGCCAGAUGAAACAGGAGAGUUCAUUUUUAGAAUGUACACCUCUAGAGAUCCUGAUGCAAAGGAGUUGACAAAGGAUGAACCUAAGAUACCAUGGUACUCAUGUGUUAAGAAGCCCAGCAUUGUCACAGCAGUUACGGUGAAAAGUGCUUCUGAUUUGGAGAAGCAGUCUUCAUUUGGAGGGGAAGCUGAUUCCUACUGCAUUGUCAAGUGUGAGGGAGAGACUGUUCGCACACCUGUUGCCAAAAAUACAACAAACCCUACCUGGGACACAAAGGCAAUCUUCUACCGUGCCAAUCCAGAGGAACCAAUUGUUAUUGAGAUAUGGAACAGUAAUGUGCUAGUAGAUGGGUUCAUUGGACGGGCAGAAGUAGAAGCUCCAGUCAAUGCGACAGUGAUGCAGAUAGAGCUACCACUGUAUGGCCGAAGGAAAGAAAAAACAGUGGAGAAACAAGGAAAGCUUUUUGUACAAGUGUAUAGCGAUGAUGACUUGACUAGUAUCUAAACUGAAUAUUAAGAAGGAAGGUAUCCUUAUACACUACAAUUUUUGUUAAGGGCGAGUUGUAUACAGUACGAAAAAACAUGGUGCACUCAAUUUAAAUACAAUACAUACUUUAAUAUGUAAAUGCUUUUCUUUGUAUAAUAAGAAUCAUACAUUUUUUACAGAUUUUUUAAAUAAUAUUUUGCAUAAUAAGGUGUUUUUUAAAGAUUUUGUUACAUGUAGUUGUUUGUGUAUGUUUGUCUCAUCACACUUAUUAUAGAUAUAAAAGGAUGAUACAAUACAUAUACAGGUUUUACCAAAACUGAAACCCAUUUAGUUUAUUUGACAUAUUUAUACAUCAUCUCUAAUUUACUUAAAUUGUGCAGUUCAUAUGUAAAAAUUUAUGCUAUAAUUUCUACUUUAUUUAACACGAUAAUACAGUAUGGUAGAACACCAUAUAUUUGGCUAGAUUGGGACAGGAGGCUGUCUAAAUUUUUUAUUUGUCUGAAGAUACCAAGCAUGAAGUUCUUGAAACUUUUUUUAUUUUUUUUUCAAAGGAAACUCAUCAGACAAAAGGAAAGUAAAAAUCAAAUAAAAAUUGUGCUCAUCAA